AUGGUUAAGGAGAAACCUAAUUCUAUCCGUAUAUACGACGAUGAAGGAUUCCGACGCCGCGCCGCUUGUAUCUGUGUACGAUCGGACGCCGAAACAGAGGUGUUACUCGUGACGUCGUCUCGACGACCGGACAACUGGAUCGUGCCGGGUGGUGGCGUGGAGCCGGAGGAGGAGCCGUCGGUAACAGCUAUGCGUGAGGUGCUGGAGGAAGCCGGCGUCAUCGGCAAGUUGGGCCGUUGCCUGGGCGUUUUUGAGAACCGGGAACACAAACACCGAACAGAGGUGUACGUUAUGACUGUAACCCAGGAGCUGGCGGAGUGGGAGGACUCGCGUCAGAUGGGCAGAAAAAGGCAAUGGUUCUCUAUAGACGACGCACUCGCCCAGCUGGCGUUACACAAGCCAAUACAGCGUCAUUACUUACAGCAGCUGAAGCGCUCCAAACAGAAACCCGACGACCCUGGCAGCUAA